GAGUCAAUAUUUUUGUAAAGUCAGUAUCCGUUAGACGUCUGAAAUUUCAAUUAUCCGACCCGAGCAGAUAACGAUAGCCAGCCAAAAAGACCAGCGACAAAGCCGUAACUAAUACCCGAAAGGGAGAACGAGUGUCGACUUUUGAUAAGAGCCAGAUCAUGUGCACUGAACUAAAAGAAGGAGAUCGGAAAAAGAACGAACUAAUGAACUGAGGAGCGAGGGAUCUGGGAACUAGUUCGCGUAGUUCGUCUGUGGGAGCGCUCUUCCGAACUAGUUCGUUCGCGAACUACACAAGUCCCCACAGCCCACACAAGAGUCUAGCGACAGCAAUGCUACCGUAGGCUUUCCAUGUAGUGGGAAUCUAGUACAGAUCAAAAAGCAAAAAGAAGUUGAUUUAAGGUUACUGGCCACGCAAUGAGCUUAGCCACGUGCCUGCGGAGCUGUGCCUUGGGGCUUUCGGUGUCCAGUUGCUACCGUGCCUUGGCACAGCCCAUGGCACCUUUCUUGCCCCUGGCACAUCUGCUGGGACGGCGCAACGCCCUGGCACGGACCACGUUAUGCGCGAUGCCCCCAGAGCGGCAGUGCCACUCCCUGGUACGAACCACGAAAGGCACGGUGCCCCUGGUGCGGCAGUGCCACGUCCUGGCACGGACCACGGUGAGCGUGCUGGAGGUACCCCGGCCAGCUCUCACUCUCCCCACCCGGGGUUUCAAGGUGAAGCGCAACCUGAAGCGUCGCUGCAAGGACUGCUACUUUGUGAUCCGCGAGCGCAGACUGUACGUGCUGUGCAAGACACACCCGCGCCACAAGCAGAUGUCCAUGAAGGCUCCGGAUAAGUGUAACUGGAUACUGACGCAUGCCACCCAGUCCAGGGUGCGGCCGUGGUAGCUUACGAUUUGUGGGUUCAAGUGAUAUCGUCAUUCAGAAAGUUGCGACCUCCAUGGUUUUGACAACAGUGAUCUCUUGCAGUGCUUGCAAAGUUUUUGUUAAUGUUGUUUAGAAUUUUUAACUUAAAGCAUUUCUGUUUGGAAAAUUCAUACAAGCAAGUUGAAUAUGCAGUGUUGGUAAGAAUUUGAGAGCUGUUGUACUGACCAUGAUAGACCAGUGUGCCAUUAAGAAAUACAGAAUUAUUGUGAUUUCUUGAUUCAUA